AUGAAUGACGGCGACGAGCAGGAGUUGUUGGCUGUAACGGCAGUUCUGACCUCGCGUAGCGACGGGCAUAUGCUCAAUUCCUUUGAUGUCUUGAAAAAUGCUUCUGAUGCCCAGAAACAGCAAACUAGCACUGCCCUCACCAAGUCAUGGGAGUUCGUCAAGUUGCAAUUAUGUCGGUACCACAACACUUUUGAAGACUUUGUGCUCAAAUCUGAGCCCAGUGACUGCUCCCUAGUGGCCAAGUACUCCAGUGUGGUGGAUAUCGACCUUCGUCAUCAAGAUUUAUCGGUGGAGUCGGUGUCGUUGGUUUCGAUGCACAUACCUCAUCCAUUAGUCAAUUUUAUGCGGAACGAAACCAAUAAACACCAGGCAGAAGCGUUGCACGUGCCGCAGGAUUUACAGGAGUCGCCGGUGUUUUUCUUUGUUCAUGGCUUGGGCGGCCAAAUGUCUCAGUUUGAGCCACUCAUGGGUCUUCUUUCGCAGUGCCUGGAAAUAUUAUCGGUGGAUCUCCCAGGAUUUGGGAACUCUCGUCGCUCUUUCGAAAACCAGGGCAAGUCAAUCACCAUCUUGUCCGAAGAACAAAACGCAAAAGUCUCUAACUCGAUACUGCUGAUGGCCACGAGCGAUUUUUCCACAAACAAAUUAGUGUCCAUCUUGUAUGAAUAUGUUAACCAGCAGAUACCUCAAGGCAAGAAGGUGGUAUUGGUGGGCCACUCUAUGGGCACCCACUUGGCCGUAAAGUUGGCUAAGAAACUACCUGCGCACAAAGUGGAAGGAUUAAUAUUGCUCUCACCACCUCCAUUUCACGACGAUACCGUGCCUCAAAAAUCCGAUCUCUUGUCGUUUAUGAAAGUUUUUGCACGCUCUUCAUGGUUGUUCAAUUGCUUUAGAGUGUGGGAUCGACUCGAGGGCUUGGAGAGUAAAAGCGUAUUGCGCCAGCUUGCAAAGAACAAUACUAAUAUUUAUAAUAGCUUGCGUCAACUUCGGUGGAAUUUAGAUAUUGACACAGAUAUCAUUCUCAAGUAUAUUGACGGGUUUCAACGUGCCUCCUAUACUGAUCUUCUUGCCGCAAUAAGAAACUUCAACGAUCGUCUGGCAGACAAAAACACCUAUGAAAAGACCCUUUUCGUGGGUGGUUCAGAAGACCAAGUAACCGCAUGCAAAGUGGUGCACGAGACAGAUUACUACCUCACUAAAACAUUUGGUCGUCAAGUUUCAAGGGCCAUUGAGAUCCCCAAUGCCGGUCAUUCGCUUCUCUUGGUGAAGCCCGAGUAUAUCAGUGGAGUGAUAUUGAACCACAUCGAAGCCAAGUUUCCGGAAAGACUUCACCUUUCCCCUGCGUGGGUUCUACAAGUCAAGGCUAACAUUUCUGGAGAUAAGUGGGGGUUGAAAAACGAGCAGAAAUGGUUGGACUUGAACCCGUUGUCUUUAAACAUUACCCGCAAUGGCGGGAAAGAUAUGGCACCUCUCUUAGGCAUGAAGACUCUACGUGAAGGAGACUCCACUCACUCACCGCAAAUUCUCGAGAACCUCUUUUAUUCGGAUAAGAAACAUCCGUCUAUACAAGGCACCUUGGCUGCCAUAAUCGACAUAUCGGCUGAUAUUCCUCCCUACAGCCCCAAAAAUUUCAAACACAUCAUGUACUAUAAAUGUGCAACCGUCUCCAAGGUGGUACCGGACCAGGGGUCUGUGCGCAGGUUUAUACAGCUUGUGGACGAUAUUCUUAAUAAUUGCGACGUUCCUCACCCCUUAAUAGCGGUUCAUUGUCAUUAUGGAUUCAACAGGACUGGUUUCUUGAUUUGUUCCUAUCUCAUCGAGCGGCUUGGGUGGACGGUGCGCGAAGCUGUUGAAGGAUUUCGAAUGGCCCGAACCCCGGGUAUUAAACACCCCCACUUUAUAGAUGCGUUAUAUGUACGAUACGAGUAG